UCUUUUGACAGAAACAGCGCGUCCGCGAUCAAGCAACUUGGAUAGCCUCCUGCCAGACUGCACACGCACACCUCACUAUGAGCAAUGGCGAGACUCAACGAGCCCCCAGCAUCAGCAGACAGCCUGGAAACGCUGCGCCGCAGGUUUCUACGCCAGAAUCGUGACAUCGCCCGCGUCAACUCGAACCAAUCUCUCCGCAUCCGAAGCCUCGAGAAUGAGUGCGCCCGCCUGCUUUCGGAAAACCUCGACCUACGUGGCCAGGUCCUCCGGAUGGAGAAGGAGCUCGAGAACAACUCGGCCAGUCGCGUGGCCGACCAUGCUCUGGAGAUAAAGGCCAGGAUGGAGCUGCAGCUUCUCGAGAUGAGUUCCCUGCUGGAGUGUCUGGGCCUCGAACCACCAACGAAGAGGCGGUCGUCCAACAGGGAACGCAAGAUGGCAAAGCCAAGACCCAGCCUCUUCCGGAGCCCCCCCGCCCGGCGCCAAAGGAAUCCGAGUGUCGAAGAGCAGGACGCCCUGGCUAUGCAGGAGGGCCGUAUGCCUCCCAUCCAUGAGAACAAGUCUUACCCGCGGCAGACUCUGAGUCGCGAGGAAAUAUUGGCCCUUUGCUCCGAGGCGGAGACGUCGACAGACUCUCCUGACCUGGGACCGCCUCCGGUGUCGAGAUUUGUGGAGGAGGACCCAGUCAAGACGGACUCGCCGACUAGGGCUCUGCGCCUCCGCGUCUAUUCCGAUGCACCCCUUGCCGCGGAAGCAGGCAGCCCGCUCGCCCUGAACGGGCAGCGCUCCGCGCAAUCACCCCUCCCGAGCCCGACGAAGAAGGUGGCGAGUCCCCAGCCAGCCAAGACCGAGUCUCCCCGCCUGAUUCUGGCAGAGAAGCCACUUGCAUUCGACAAGCCUAUCGCGACCGACAAGGCUCUUACGCCUCGCAAAGCCCUGACCUCUCAGAAACCUCUUAUGGCCGACAAGCCGCUCACCAUCGAAACGCCCCUGACUCUGGAGAAGUCGCCGCUGGCGACAGAAAAUGUUCCGGCCAAAUCGAGCUCUAAGAGGAAGUUUGCGGUAACAGACGAGAACGAGAUCUCGAAUUUCGCCAAAUCCGAAAACGAGAAGCCGGCUGGCGCGAGGGAGGGGAAGGGGAAAAGGAGCGCAAGAGGGGUUUCUGGGACCGGUCGCAAGGACGCUCGACCAAGGGCGCUAGGCGUGGCACCGAUGGCCCGCCCAGCGUUGGCCGCGAAGAGCACGAACGAUGAUCUCAUGUCCCCGAGGAAACAGCCUCCCACCAAGGCACCGAUGGAAGCCAUGGAGAUGGCGAAACCGACACCGAAUCUGCAAUCCAGGCCUCGCGACACACACAAGGCCAGUCCCCCGAGCAUCAUGCUGGACCUUCCAAACCCGUCGCCACCCCCUGUUGCCGAAAUCCAUCCCUCCGAGCUCGCCGCGGCCUCGCUCGACACCCAGAUGAUGUCACCCAUUACGCCCGGGCGCCCAUCUGUGCUGGAGAAGCCCUGCGACACACCACCCCCGCUUGAUAUCUCGUCGGCAGGUGACAUUGCCCGUCCCAGCAGGAGAGCUAGAGCCGCAGUCAGCUACGCGGAACCGAGCCUGAGAGACAAGAUGCGCCGGCCGACCAAGGAGCUGACGGACGCCGUUUCCGGCGAGGGCAAGUACAAGCACCGUGCUUCCAUCAACACCAAGGAAGAAACCGUGUCGAUGAUACCCUCGUCUGCGACCAAGGGAAGGGCAACACCUGUUCCUCCAGUCGCCAGUACUGAGCGCCCGGUUGAGUCUGUUACGAUGCAGCGUUCUCCUGGCGUCCAAUCGGCCGCUCCGCUGGAGGUGACUGGCAGGGAGCCCGUUACUUCUCCGUCGGCCCGUAGGAUGGCCGCCCCCUCAGAUGUGCCCAACGUCAACAUUACAAGCAGGCGCAAGCAAGCAUCGACGGCCGGACAAAGUGACGGGGCUUCAAGCAGAGCGGACACGCGGCCGGAGCCCACCACCAACGACCUCUCGUCAGCCAAGGACGUUCAUCAAAGCAACGCAUCCGCGCCCAUGCUAGAUCCCUACGAAUUCACCACCACAUCCCCGGCGGUCGAGAGGACCACGACGGUGGAGCGCGCGUCGGCGCCCAUGCGCAACUCGCACGCGCGAUCGUCGCGGCGGCCAGUUCUGCGGGAGGACGUGGCCGCGGCGCUCAAGGGUGAGGUGGCCGCGGCCGCCACUCAGAAGACUACGCGGUCCGCCGGCUCGAGGAAGCGGGCGUCCCUGGCGACGCGCAACAAGCCCUCGAUGCUCGAGGGCCGCGACGACUCGGAGGACGACUACGGCGACUCGGAGGCGGCCACCGACACCUCGGACCGCCUCUCGAGGCGGCGCAGUAUGAUGAUAUGACACGGAACCCCCCGAAAAAGGUGCAGGAGCGUGGUACGAUCCGGGCCCCGGCCGUACUUGUUUCUUGUCCAACCCCCUCAUGACCAAAUGACUCGGAACGGAGUUUCUAGCGCGCGCCUCCAUUUUGCUCUUUUGUUUGCUCUUCCUUUUCCAGGGGUCUCGUCAUCCUUGGAUGCCUCCCGAAUUUGCCCUGCAUUCCCCUCUGCCCCUUUUGUCCCCGCGUCUUUUGGAUCGAGAGCUCACACAACUGUCUGAUAACAAUGUAAUUCUCGGCAGAUACGCCUGAUGAUACUAUACCCCUUUCCUUGACUAGCCAGAACAUAUUACUAUCGGUUUCAUGAAUUUGUCAUCUUCCACAAAAGCAUAAUUCUACGUAAAUCAUUUGGGCUUUUGCGGAACCGCAGCUUAGUCCGUGAUUCGAUGACGUGCG